GGGAGUAUGGAAUAAGAAUUCAAUAACAGAACUUUGACCCACUUGAGUCAUUGAUUUUACUGACAGUGAACUUUGGAAAACCAGUCACAAUCUAUAACGUAAGCAUAUGAGAGAGAUUUAAAAAACUUGAGACGGCUUUUAAAUAUAUUGGGAUCAACUAAAGUCUACCGGGCACUUGUAAGAGUGAGGAAAAUGGAAUAUGCAAAGAAGUCCAUCGGUUUCUUAUCUUCCAGUUCCAUCUCCAGGUGUGUCUCUGCACGUGCAUCCCACCUGUUGCACAAUGCUCCAUCCCAAAGACCAUUUCGAGUGUGCAAUUGGGACCGGAGUUUGAAGAAGGGCAUCAUGGCUCUGAGUCUUCAGGAUCUACUAGACAAGGUCCAAGAAUCAUUGCACACAACGUCCAGUGUCUCGUUGCUUUUGGAGGAGGAUGGAACUUUCAUUGAGAGUGAGGAAUUCUUUCAGACUGUAUUAGAUCACACCCUCUUCAUGGUCAUUGAGAAGGGACAAAAAUGGACACUACCAAAGAAUGUUGGCUUUCACCGGGGCUUCCCUGACAAAUUGUGCAGAAGAGAUGUUGCCAGAAUAACCUUUGACCUCUACAAAGAAAGUCCUCAGGAUUUCAUCGGCUGCCUGAAUGUGAAGGUGACCCUCUACGGCUCCUAUUCGUUAUCGUGUGAUGUGCAAUGUACAGGAGCAAAGAAAAUAAUGAGGGAAGCCUUGCGAUUGACAAUGUACACAAUGCAAGCUACAGGACACAUUCUACUUGGAACCUCAAGCUACGUCCAACAGCUGUUGGAUGAGGAAGAGCGGCAGGGGAAACCCUUCCAUCGUCUUGAAUGAAGGCAACUAGCCCAAAUACUCGUAGAUUACUUUAAUGACAUUUUUCAUAAACUUGGUUUUGGCAUAUUUUAUGAAACUAUUGAUGCAGACUCUAAUCGACAUGUGAAGUGGCUUCUGGCUCGACUUUGGCAUUGUUUGCAGAUACAUGGUCAACCCUGAUCACAACAGUACUGGAACAAAUGUGUGCUUGCUUCAUGUGGCCGAGUGUUUUUAGAGGACUAACUAUGCAUGGAAUGAUCAGAUUCUCACAUCACUGCACUUAAUCGAUUUGAAACUUAAUUACUAAUCACAUUUUUAGACUUUUAUUUAUCUGCUCUGGCAGUGCACAAAUGUAGUAUUAGUUUCCUUUAGCAUUCACUUGCGCUAGAAUUAAAUGUAUCCUUAACCACAUGUCUGCAGUUUUGCCUAAAACCUGUCACCCUCCUUUUAGAUUAUACAUUCACAGAUUUUCCACAAUUGCAAUUAUUGGUCUAGAUCGGCCUAUUUAUAACAGUAAUUUAUUUUCAAAUGCAAAGGAGAUUUCUAUUAAAGUCAGGGAAUGUGUGUUUUGGUGAAUUGUAAUCCCUUGUACUUGCUACGGUUUUAGUUAAUUUCGAAGCUAUUAAACAAUCUUUUACCAGGACAAAAUCAGUCGGUGAUAAUAAAGUAAUCUAUUCGUGUCCAACUGUGGUCAUAGCAAAAUUCUUCCACCCAUAAAAAAAUGAAUUGCAAUAUAAUUGAAAGUUUAAUACUUUCUAAUUUUUCUAACUUUGUAAAUACAAAAUAUUUUUCUGAAAUCUAA